GGCCAGCUGAUCGCGCGCCGGGAAACAGCGUCUCGCGCCGGUUCCGCUUAAAGAGACUAUCACGUCACGUGCCGCCGUCAUUCACAGGGUAGCGGUGACAGCAGGCGGCAGCGCAGGGGGAGCAGCGUCUCAGUACGGCCGCAGAUUAUACUUCCCCACAGCUACAUCGCCGAAACGCCCUCGAAGCCGCCGCGACCCUUUACAUAAUACAGACCGAAAAUGGCUGUGAACGUCUACUCGACAUCAGUGACCAGUGACAACCUGAGUCGCCAUGACAUGCUUGCUUGGAUAAACGAGUCCCUGCAGAUGAGCCACACAAAGAUCGAGAUGCUAUCCUCAGGUGCCGCUUACUGCCAGUUUAUGGACAUGCUGUUCCCGGGUAGUGUGCCUAUGAAGAAAGUCAAAUUUCAGGCCAAACUGGAGCAUGAAUUUAUUCACAACUUCAAAAUUCUGCAAGCCAGCUUUAAGAAAAUGGGUGUUGACAAGAUUAUCCCUGUUGACAAGUUGGUAAAGGGCAAGUUCCAGGACAACUUUGAGUUUGUACAGUGGUUCAAGAAGUUCUUUGAUGCCAACUACGAUGGGAGAGAAUAUGAUCCAGUGGAAGCCCGCCAGGGCCAGGAAAGUGCGCCCCAGAGCUCAGCGUCACCUGCCCCCGCCAAGCCCCGGAAGGCUGUCAGUGCGGAGGAGCGCAUCUCUCCCGCCGCCAUGACGAAACCGGCCGCCAGAAUUGCCCCACAACGUGCAGCAGUGGCAGCAAAAGUUUCCCCCAAGACGCUGGUGGUGAAUCCAGCACGGAGACCAGGGACAGCUGGUGGGGAAGAAGAAAAGAAUGAGCUCCUUCAGAAGAUAUCCAUGCUGUCAUCCACCAUCCAAGACAUGGAGAAGGAACGGGACUUCUACUUUGGCAAACUGAGGAACAUUGAGCUCAUAUGCCAGGAAAAGGAGGGUGAGAGUGACCCCACGCUGCAGAGGAUCGUGGACAUCCUCUAUGCCACAGAUGAUGGUUUUGUCAUACCAGAUGUAGAGUCAGCAGAGCCAGAGGAGUUUUGAAUCAAGACUCUUACGGUGUGUGUGACCUCCCUCACCAAGCGGCAAACCUGCUGUUUGUCUGUGUCUGGCUCUGAAUACCAGAAAACUUGUCAUGCUGUCUUUUUGAAAAUUAAAGAAAGUGAUCCACUGUAUCGAUGAGCCUGGAAGCCACACCCACAUCCUGGAAGCUCCUUCCCCUCUGACAUGCUGUUGAAGCCUCACCCACAUGCUGAAGUUCGUAAGCCAGCAUAUAACUCAAAUAUAGGCCUAAACCCCCAGCUUCACAUCACCAGCCCUCUGAGCCCACAGUGAUGAAAUGUUGUGGGGGAAAUGAUCCUCAGCUGUUCUUCGCAUCUGCUCUCUGAGGAAGGGGAAGGAAUGCUUUUCACCUGUGUGAAUCCUUUUCUUCUUAGUAAAAAAAAAACUCAAGAUCUUAUAUCAACUGCAUUGUUAUUCUUGCUGUAUUUUCAUUAUGCGUGAAGUAAAAUUUCUCAUAUUUUUGCACAGA